CAACGCUGUCUACGACAGCGAGCCCAAUAUUCUUGCCACUGUCACCACCGCCAUGUCCUUGUUCGCCCGACUUCCCAAACGCGUAUGCCUUCCCCGACCAACACGGUCGGCAAGACAAUUCGCUACAUCUUCGUCAAGACGAUCCGAUGCCUUGUUCGUUCACCGGGAUACUACUUAUAAUAACCCUAAGAUCCCAUUUGAAUUCAAUGCGGAGAACAUGAAGCGCGCACAGGACAUCAUCUCUCACUACCCACCUCAGUACAAGAAAGCCGCCGUUAUUCCUUUGCUGGACCUAGGCCAAAGGCAGAACAAGGGAUGGACCAGUAUUAGCGUUAUGAACUAUGUUGCGAAGCUGUUGGAGAUGCCUCCUAUGCGUGUGUACGAGGUGGCGACCUUCUACACUAUGUUCAACCGUGAACCGAUCGGUGAUAACUUCGUCCAAGUUUGCACAACCACACCAUGUAUGCUUCGCGGUUCGAACGAGAUCCUGGACACCGUGUGCAAGCACCUAGGCGGUAUCAAACCCGGCGAGACAACGAAGGACGGGAAAUUCACGGUCAUUGAGGUCGAGUGCCAGGGUGCCUGCAGUAAUGCACCAAUGAUGGUUGUUGGGGAUGAUUUCUACGAGGACUUGACGGACGAGUCUACGAAGAAGAUCUUGGAUGCUUUCUCCAAGGGUACUAAGCCUAAACCAGGCCCUCAAAGCGGACGUCAGACGAGUGAGAACUCCGCAGGCCUUACCUCGCUCACAUCCAAGCCGUACGGACCCGGAGAGUUCUGUUCACCAGAGUUUGCUUAGCUUGCCGUUGUUAUCGAGUAUUGUAGAGUCUUUAUUGGAUCCCUUUCGCAUGAAACUUCC